CGACUCUCUACCAAACUGAGACGCGAGAGCGCGAUAUUCACCGCAAACUCCUUCAUAGAAAUAAACUCACUCCUGAUAAAGCCCAUAGUUAUCAUUAUUGAUUAAAUUGUCGCUGCAAUGGCUUCAUCCACAGCGACAAACCCUUCAACCCUCCUACCACUCGAGUUGGUGGACAAAUGUAUCGGAUCCAGAAUCCACAUAAUAAUGAAGAACGACAAGGAGAUUGUGGGGACGUUGUUGGGAUUUGACGACUAUGUGAACAUGGUGUUGGAGGAUGUCACCGAGUAUGAGCAGACGACCGAAGGGCGACGCAUUACAAAGCUGGAACAAAUUCUCCUCAAUGGGAACAACAUCACGAUGUUGAUACCGGGUGGAGAGAUGCCAGACGCAUAACGGAUCCACUACCAACUUUUGUACUUGUUCCCUCGUUUCUUCUUUGUUCCUGAUUAUUUUGUGAGAAUAAAAUGUUUUACACAUGUUAUUAAUUA